UCCCCCUCUUCCCUCUCUUCCCUCUCUUCCUCUCUUCCCUCUCUUCCCCCUCUUCCCUCUCUUCCCUCUCUUCCCCCUAUCUCUCAGGGACAUUCAGAGGAUCACGCUCCCCAGUAUCAGUCGUCUGAGACAUUUCACCAAUGACACUCUGCUCGACCUGUUCUUCUACAACAGUCCUACCUACUGCCAGACCAUAGUGGACACUGUGGCCUCCGAGGUUAACAAGCUCCACUCACUGUUCAAACACAGACACCCAGAAUUCACUGGAGCAGUGUCUGUGGUUGGACACAGCCUGGGCUCGCUGAUCCUGUUUGAUCUGCUGACCAAUCAGAAGACAGGAUCAGGAGAGGCAGACAGAGAUGAGUGUCGUAACCGUGACCCCUGCCCUCUGACCUGUGAUGCGUUGGAGCAGGCUCUAUGCAGAAUGGGCCUCCAGGAGCACCUGGCUACACUACAGAGCGUGGACCUAGACCUUGACUCACUGGCUAUGUGUGACGAAACUGACCUGACAGAGCUCGGAAUCCCUCUGGGACCGAGGAAGAAGAUCCUCAGCUUCAUACGGAAGAGACACUUCCUACAGGAGGGUCGGCAGGGAACGGUGCUUUUGGCCCCCGGGCUGCAGGCCCUUCCAGACCCCUCCGAAGAUUCCCCCUCUCCCACGAUUAGCUUUGGCAACCAGUCUUCAGAGGCGUCAGCACGCCGACAGCAGUUUCUCAGAGCCCAGUCCAUAACCAGCGCCGUUGACUAUGAAUACUUCGAUGUGGGCAUUGGACAGACCAACGGGGGCAUAGCCAAGGGACAGGUGUCCAUUAACUACCCCCAGCUGGCAUUCCAUCCUCAGACCUUCUUUGCGUUCGGUUCUCCCAUCGGAAUGUUCCUGACCGUCCGUGGACUCAAACGCAUCGACCCAAACUACACCUUUCCCACCUGCAAGAACUUCUAUAACAUAUACCACCCUUUUGACCCUGUGGCCUAUCGGAUCGAGCCCAUGAUUGUGUCUGAGUCAGACCUAGAGCCCAUGCUGAUCCCACAUCACAAGGGCCGCAAGAGGAUGCACCUGGAGUUGAAAGAGAGUCUGACGCGGAUGAGUACUGAUCUGAAGAAUAACGUUCUCGGCUCAUUUCGUACUGCCUGGCAGUCUCUGGUCCGAAUGCCUGUCGCUGCACUGCCCCCUGUGGAGGAUGGAGAAACUACAGCAGCGAGAUCCCUGCAGGAGACAGAGACCCCUGCAGCAGCCUGCGCUGCUGUGAGGGAAAAGAGUAAGGCUGAUUUGUGGACUAAAAUUCUGGAGUGGCCCAAAGCCCUUCACUUACAUUACUUCCAAGGUGUGCAUGAAGAGGUGGAGUCUCCAGGCUCGGCGGAGGACAAGGGGCGUCAGGUGAAGGUGGGGAUGCUGAAUGGAGGGAGGAGGAUAGACUAUGUACUGCAGGAGGCGCCCAUUGAGAGUUUCAACGAAUAUCUGUUUGCCAUCCAGUCCCACCUCUGCUACUGGGAGUCUGAGGACACUGCUCUGCUGCUGCUAAAGGAGAUCUACGACAAACUGGGUGUGGCCUUUGAGCAACCACAGCAAUAACAAAGACUUUAUAAACACAGAGACCGGUAUAGAGGCUUCAUAACAACACAUGAAUUCUGUGGAGAUGCACCAACGAGGCCCUUUGCUUUAUUAGGAGCUGAAAGGAGUAAGGCAAGUAAGUCAGUAAAAACACAGAGAUAUAAAUAUUGAAUAACCACAGAGUUUUAAAGGCUUUAUAAACACACAGAGAGGGCUAUAAAGUCUUUAUACAUACACAGAGCGUUAUUUAUAAGUUACUAAAAUGUAAUGAAAGCAACAUGAAAAAGGACAUGCAGUCACUGCUCUCUCCCAGAAUUCCUUGUGUCUGAGCCUCACAAAACCGUUGAGUCACCUCCUCGGACAGAUGGCAUCUGCCUCUGGGUGUGUGUGUGUCAAGGGUGUGACAGAGAAGUGCUCCGUGAAGAACCAAACCUGUCCCAGCUGACAUGAAGAGGAUGGAGAACCCACUGGAGAUGAGCUCUCUAGUGCAUUUCUAUCUCUGAAAUUUCUCGUCCUGUGACCACAUGGGCAGCAACAUUGAAUACUAUCCAAGUGAGCCCUCUACCCAACUCUAUGUGAGAACCAUAGUAAACACUGGUUUUCCAUUUUCCUAAAACCACACUGAAGGAUCUGGGCCGCUGGAUCCUCCUGUUGAGGGGGCAGACUGCAUUUAACAUGUGUGUUUCUAAAGAAUCAGAUCCUGUUUGAUCAUGUCUGGAUCAUAACUUUUAUAUACGUUAUUUUCAGGUCAUUUCUUUUUACUUGGCCUUAGACUUGACAUGUCCUAUAAUACAUUUACAACGACAGAUCAUGCAGGAUUAUGAUUCCUCUCCUGUGUGUUUAGUGCAUGUCUCCAGAAGGUUGUAUACCAGUAUGUAUCAGUACGUACUUGACUACCAAAAAGGUAGCACUUUACUUAGGUGUUGCUUAAGGCUUAGAAAAGCAUUUUAUAAAUGGCAUUACAACUCUUUACGUCAUGCAUAUGAAGGCUGCAUGUCACGCUUAAGUAAAGUGUUACCAUAAAAAGUACUCCACCCAUAAUUCCAGUGCAAUGUGAUGUUCUGAUAAUCUCACUCCUCUCAAGAUGAACUGACUGACUAUAGAUAAUUACAUUUUUGGAUUUAUUUGUAUCAUGUAAAAGCUAAGUAUUAAAAUUAUUGUAGAAAAUAA